CCCAAGAAGCUGCCACGAGUGCCAGAAAAUCUUUUGAAGAAACGUAAGAAGUAUCAAGGUCUGAAAGCAGCAGAAGCCAAAAGGGCUUUAGAAGAGAAGCGGAAGCUUCAGCCUGGAAAGCAAAUAAAAUUUAAACGACUAGAAACCUUUGUCCGGAACUCUAGAAGAAAAAUGAGAGAUGACUGUAGAUUGCGGAGGAUGGAGGUGUACCGGAAGAAAGUUCCCAGCUUGCAGAAACACAGACUUGCAUUUGUUGUCCGAAUUACAGACAUUGAAGGGGUCAGCCAGAAAGUCAUGCAAAUCUUGAAGUAUUUCCGCUUGGGUAAAAUUUUCUCAGGGGUGUUUGUAAAGCUAACACCAGAAACGUUGAAGCAGCUACAGUUUAUUGAGCCAUAUGUUGCAUGGGGUUUCCCGAACCUAAAGUCUGUACGUGAGCUCAUCUUGAAACGUGGACAGGGGAAAGUAAAUGGCAAAAAAGUUGCCCUUACAGACAAUACUAUGAUAGAAGAGAAACUAGGAACGUUUGGGAUCAUCUGUUUGGAAGAUGUGAUUCAUGAACUGUACUCUACAGGAAAACAUUUUGUAGAAGUCAAUAAGUUCUUAUGCCCCUUCGUCCUAUCUAUUGCUAGGCAUGCAGGCAUUAAUAGGAAGGGCUAUCUGUCUGAGGUGGGGGAUCCUGGACAUAGAGGAGAUGCCAUUAAUGAUCUGAUUCGGAAGCUUAAUUAA